GCGUCGGUGGAGUUGAUGGCGUCAUUCCGCGUCCUGCCGGAGCCUCCCGAGCGCGCUGAAGGAACGGAGGAGCAGCGAAGGCCGACGCGAGCGUGCCACCGGCGGCCGGGAUUGAGCGACGCCAAGCCGGACACCCGAGUUAGGAAAACAUGGAGGCUGUAGCGGAGGAGCUGCAGGCCGGCUCCCGGAUCCCGGUGACCGUCGAUCAGAUCGUGAACGACACGUUGGUGGUGACGCUCACGUACAGAGAGAGAAACUACACGGGCAUCUUACUGGACUGCGACAGAAAGACUGGGCUGUUUUGCCUCCCAGAUGUUGUUGGAAAGUCAGAUGAGAGCCUGAUAUUGAGACCAGACUGUGAAGUCUCAAGUGAAGAGUCUUCCUUGAAACCCCCUAGUCAACCUACACCGCGACCAAAAGAUGAGAACACAGAGCCCGAGACGUCUCCUCCUUGCCCUGUACCCAUCCCAGUGCAACCGGGCCAGCCUGCGUACCCUCCGUACUUUGAGGGUGCCCCUUUUCCUCAACCCAUGUGGGUCCGGCACACCUACAACCAAUGGGUUCCUCAACCGCCACCUCGUCCAAUCAAGAGAAAAAAGAGGCGAGGUCGAGAGCCGGGAAGGAUGACCAUGAGCACGAUCAGACUGCGACCUCGGCAGGUGUUGUGCGAGAAAUGUAAGAACACGCUAAACAGUGACGAAGACAGCAAAGAUGGGCCGAUGGUGCCCAGGACAUCCCGGAAGGAGAAUGCACCUCAAGCAGACGAGGACACUAAAGCCAUCCCUAGCAAGAGUCUGAGAAAAGACGAUGGGGACAACACUAAAGAGGCCAAAAAGAGAGAGGACUCAACAGUCUACGACAGCAAACGGUUUCGAAAGGACAAGAAGGAAGAUGAGAAGUAUCCUGGAGGUGACAUCAUUCCUCACAGUCCUGUCAUUAAGAUCUCCUACAGCACUCCACAAGGUAAAGGUGAAGUGAUGAAGAUCCCCUCAAGAGUACACGGUUCUGUCAAACCCUUCUGCCCGAAGCAGUUAUUGCAGAAUGGACACAGAGAACGAGGCGCUUCCAAGGAAGCCCCAAAAGAGGUGACACCCUCCAUGGAAGCCAUCAGAACUGGCCUUACCAUUUCCAUUCCCAAACUCAAGCUCCCAAAGCUAAGCGGUCCAGAUGCCCCAUCGCCAAAGAUACGUGUAAGAUCGAGGGGUGACGGAGCGGAGCAAGUGUCUGUGUACGAGGCAGAGCUAGUGGAUGGUGCUCGUAGAAAACAUCCCAGAGAUCCCAACUCUCAGUCUGAGGAUGGUGGAGAGAAGAACUCGCUACAACUUUGGUCCGGCAACUGUGGAGAGGAAGUUGAACGUCACGGUGACCUGACAUUACUUAUUAAUUUCCGAAAGAGGAAAGCUGACUCGUCAAGCCUUUCUGUGUGCAGUAGUGACAGUCUGGAUGAGUCAAAGUCCUUCAGUUCAGACGGCACGUCUCCAGAACUGUCCGAUCUUGCACCGGGUGACGACCUCUCCGUAUCGUCCUCCUCUCAAGGGGAGAGUAAGACUGUUCCACCUCUAACUGUUCGACUGCACACUCGCAGCAUGAGUAAAUGUGUGACCGAGGACGGUCACGCGGUGACUGUUGGUGAUGUAGUUUGGGGUAAGAUUCAUGGCUUCCCUUGGUGGCCCGCACGGGUACUCAGUAUAAGCGGUACUCGUAGAGAAGAAGGUGAGGUUGACGCACCUUGGCCCGAAGCGAAAGUGUCCUGGUUCGGCUCGCCCACCACCUCCGAACUCUCAGUUGCCAAACUGUCACCUUUCCGUGAGUUCUUCAGGUCACGUUUCAACCGCAAAAAGAAAGGGAUGUACCGGCGUGCCAUAAUGGAGGCGGCCAAGGCCGUGGGACACAUGAGUGCAGAAAUCACAUCUCUACUUGCUCACUGUGAAACUUAGAGGAAGAAGGCGGCAGUUGACCGGCUGUCAUUCAUGGAUCUGCGCUCCCAGGAUGUGGCAGUCUCCCCGGAUGGAGAAUGCCCUCAUUGGCCACGGAUAUCAUGAGGGAAGGUCCGUUUUUCCCACACUUCCAUUGGAAGAAAAUGGCAAACUUGAUAACGUGUGGACUGCGUUUGAGGGGCCACGACAAACACGCUGGAAUAUCUCAAAAAAAGAGGACUCUGAGUGAAUAAUUCCCCCUUUUCUUUGUUUGUCUCUCCAUCUUUUGUUUGUUGUUUAGGACGUACAUUAUAUUAGAACAAGUAGCUUGACACUAAAUCCGAAUGUAUUUAUUCACGAAACACUCGACAGGUGACUGGCCUCAAAAUAACCCUGUAAGAUCACACUGCUGCUGUUUCUUUAGAACAACUGUUUCUUCGCCUGUCCGUUUAUGGUUGAUGCCCGCCCCGUCACAGUGCCAUCCUCAUAGGAUGCCCGAACGGAACGGAACGAACUGACGAUUAUCCGUAUUAUGAUACUAAAUGACAAGUCUUACUGUGUGUCUAUUUCUUCAAAUUAUGAAAAUGUGAAAUUCCUUUUUUUUAUCUUCUGCAUCUAGAGAUCAUCGUGUAGCUCUUACAACAUCUCUCACUAGUUGAAAACAUUUCUCCAACCGGUGUGCAGAAAUAUAUCUCCUGUCCUCAUUGACUAUAAGAUGUUUUCUUUUGGAUAUGGUCAUUAAGAGGCCUGCGAUGUUUCAGUUGUAUUUGCUUUAAUUAUUUAAUGUCACGUUAAGAAAAGCACUUUAUCCAUAUACCUUGGUGGCCUGCUGUGAACUCACAAGCGAACAAACACUAACUAGAGUUUGCAGACUCCCGGAGGAGCCGACCCAUUGCUUCUGAAGUGAUUUUUAAUUUUCAAUAUACAGAUUUUGAUUUUUGAAGGAUGCUUUCAGGAAGUUGUGCACACUGUAUUAUCAUGUUUAGCCUGAUUUAUGUUAGUCACCAUUACUUUAGAAAUGUUUCCACUGGAGAUAUGAACAGAAAUGUACGCUUCUAUGCAUCAUCUGUUUUAUUAAAGCAUCAAAACUCCAGUUGAUGGGAUGAAUUCAAUCAAUUGUUUGCUAAAUGGGGUUUGCUAAUAUCUGUGUCUGCUUCAAUACAGAACAUUCUUUCCCACCUUCAGAACGUGAGCGUUUCAAGAGGUUUUGCUCAGGACUGGGGGAAGCGCAAUCAACGCAGCUCAACACUAGAGCUGCACAUCAAUCACAGGUUUUGGUGCAUUUCUGUACCACCUGGUGUAUGAUUAUGGACUCUGCAGGCGUUUAUAUGUGCAGCCAGCCAAUGCUCAACAAGGUGAAUUUUUUAUGUGCUGUAAAUAGAAUAAAAUAUGAAAGCAGUAACCUCUCUGGAAUGUUCUUUUGCAUGUGGGGGUGGCGACAUGGUGCAUUUUCAAAACACUGGUUGUGUAAUCGUGAGGUAAAUGAGCAG